CCACCAUCACCACGACGACUCUCCGCAGACCCCCCUCCCGCCUCCGCCACACAGCGAUCUCUGACCAUGGAGGGCAGGAGCCUGGCUGCACUUCUCUGCUGGGUGGUUGUCCUGUGCACAGCUGGAGAUCCCAAAAACGGAAGCGAUGUGUUGGGCUUCGAUGAGCACGGGGACGACUCCUACAAGCCACCGGCGGCAGAGAUUCUGGCCUCUCUUCUCGAAAAAGGAGUGCUAGAUGUGGACAAGGCGACGAUCCGGAGGACCGCAUCCGCCGGAGAAGACAGUAACUCCUGGGGUGGAGCCAAGACCAAGAAGCCCCGGAUCAAGCCACCCAAGGCCGCGGCGCCUACAGGAGCGGCGGCCUCGUCCCAUGGAAUCGCGUCCACCGAAAGCUCCGUCAAGCCGCGCUCCCCGCGGACGAACGCGGACAAUAAGCCAUCGGUUUGCGCGGGAUGUAACGACGACGUUUACGCCAACAGAAAGUCUCCAUCCCGCUCUUUGCUCUCGGAGCGCAGCGACGGGAACGACGAACCCGUCACCAGUCUGGUGUGGCCCGUUGGCCAAGGAACGGUUGACCUGGAGUUCAGGAAAAGUUUUGCCAAAGGAGAUAAACCUUCCGCGGCGGAGAGUCAAGAAGACUCUGGAAGUGGCGACCCUCACAUCAAGGUGCCCUCAAGCCAAGCCACCCGCGCCAGCUCGUCGGAAACCGGGUGGAACCUACGGGACUUGAUGGAUCUGGCCACCUCCGCACCUUCUCAGACCUCGACCGCCUGGAGCGACGCCGUGCUGAGCCCAGCUACGGAAAAAGCCAUCAGCCCCGACUCGGCGGAAAUCGACCACCUCCUGCAAGUGCCCAGAGAGACGUCGGUGCCGUCCCCGUCGCCUUCAGGUACUGAACUCGGCCGCGACCGCCACCUUCACCCGUCCCAGAAAGAGGUCAGUUUUGAGGCAGGGAAAUCUCAGGGACCGUUCACCAUAUUGGAGAAUGAUGCGAGGCGGCCCGCAGCGCAGGGCGCUCAAGGGGGCACCGGUGUAACGGUGGUCACCGAAAAAAGCCAAGUAGAUACUUUAUCUACUGGCGCCCCAACUAACCGUCCGCCAAAACCCUCCGAACCCCCGUCUGACCUUACAGACAUAGAUUAUAGGGACCCCUCCGAUUUAGACGAGCACUUGGGCUACCCUCCAGGUGGUGACGCCACCAAGGGCUUCCAUGAUAGGCUCAGCCCCUGGCACAAGCACUUGCAUUACGAUGACUUUUCCCCCUUUGAUUACCUUUACCCCACCCCUCCUUUCUACGCAGAUGGAUACGGGGAGGGGGGGAUGGAGGACGACGACGAAGACGAGGACCUCGAGGACGCCGAGGACGACGACGACAUCGCCGCCAAAGACGUUCGGAACUUCCCCAAGGCGGCCACUCCCCAGAUACACACCGCGACAAUCGACGAGAGGCCAACCGGCCGCCAGGACUUCCCCUUUCGCGGCGAGACGUACCCCAAGUCUCAGCCGGACGUCAACAAGGACCAAACGCAGACCGUGUCGGGGGCGGGCGAGAACGGGACCGAGUGCCGCAACGGCUACGUCAGGCGCAACAACUCCUGCAAGUCGCUGUGCGAGAUCUACCCCACCUACUGCUACAACGGGGGUCAGUGCUACAUCGUGGAGAACAUCGGAGCCUUUUGCAGGUGUAACACUCAGGAUUACAUUUGGCACAAGGGUCUCCGCUGCGAGUCCAUCAUCACCGACUUCCAGGUGAUGUGCGUGGCGGUCGGCACGGCGGCGCUGGUGGUCCUCCUCCUCUUCAUGAUGACCGUCUUCUUCGCCAAGAAACUCUACCUGCUCAAGACGGAGAACUAUAAACUGCGCAAAAGGAACAGGUACCGGACUCCGUCGGAGCUUCACAAUGAUAAUUUCUCUCUGUCCACCAUUGCGGAAGGCUCCCACCCAAAUGUAAGGAAACUUUGCGACACUCCAUCUAACCUCUCCCCCCAUGCCCGUGCAUUGGCUUACUAUGAUAACGUUAUCUGUCAGGAGGACCCCAACGCUCCUCAGAAGGUCCAGGAUCUGCCCAAGGCUUGCUUGAAGGACGAAGAACCCUUUAACAUUCAGAACUCUCUCUCGCCCAAGCACGAGUGCAGCAAAGGGGAUCCAGACAUUGUGGACGUCAACUGUGUCCUUAACAACCUGACAUGAGGAAAAGGAUUUGACGGGAGGAACCUGGCGGAAGAUGUGUGUGCCAUCUUCUCUGAACUUCUCCAGUGCUGGAGGUGGAAGUGGCGCCACACAGACCACGGCCCCCUCCAGCACUGCAAGGGGUUUCUUGACUCAUUACCACCCCUCUAAUGUGCCCCCUUUCCCUGGCAUGCUUUGGUGUAAUUUGUACAGAGAUAUGCAGAAAGAUGAACCCGUGUUAUGGAGGUGAUGAAAGACCACAUCUGGUGCACAGUGUAUGGGCGGAGGUCGAUUGCGUCUCUUGUGAGUAAACGCUGCAAAGAGGAAACAUUUAUCCGAGUUCCGGUCAAUUCGGAAAUACUUUUUUUUUUUUCGUACAGGUCAAUGGGAAUGCAAAAGCCGCUUAGGAGGUCAACUACAAGUUCAAUGCAAAUUCAGUAACUAACCCCCGGAGAAUCAAAGGCCACAAAGCAUUCCUCGACUUCCUUAGGGGGUCCCGGUGGCCAGUCGUUGGCUUUCCCAGAUGUCCAAUCAGUCCAUUGAAAGCAUUCCUCGACUUCCUUAGGGGGUCCCGAUGGCCAGUCGUUGGCUUUCCCAGAUGUCCAGUCAGUCCAUUGUGGUUUUGGCUGCCAAGUUUUUUUUUUAUGUGUUUUUUCUUAUGAAAAUCUUAUAUUUAUUAGCCAUCUUUUUUAAAGUUUCUUUUUUUUACUUCACUUCUUUUGUAACUUUCAUAUAUAAAAAAAAAUCUAUAGUUCCUCGGGUCGCUGAUGCGAAGCGUCCUACCUGGAUGAGACAAAAGCUUCCCAUGGUAAGAACGGGAAGACGUCCGUUCCUUCCACCUCUUACCCAGCAGAGAAUUCUAAGCUUCACAUCGGGGGCAACUGACUAAAAAAACAUUUAAAGGGAAACUAUAGUAUUUUUACAGUUUUAAGAAAAGAAAAAAAAAGAUACAUUGUUCAUGUUAACUUUUUGGUUGGUGCUAAUGUUUUGAAAGCCUUUUUUUUUGUAUAUAGUUUAUAAUUGUAUAUGUACAGUACACGGGGACGAUCGUAGGGAUACGUUGACGGCAUUUUUUUUUU